CUCCAUCACCUGUCACCAUGACAACCUCAGCCCUGCGCCGGCAGGUGAAGAACAUUGUGCACAACUAUUCAGAAGCGGAGAUCAAGGUUCGCGAGGCCACCUCCAACGACCCGUGGGGCCCGUCCUCGUCUCUCAUGACGGAGAUCGCUGACUUGACCUUCAACGUGGUGGCGUUUGCCGAGGUCAUGGGCAUGGUGUGGAAACGCCUCAACGACAGCGGCAAGAACUGGAGACACGUCUACAAGGCCCUGACUCUGUUGGAUUACCUGCUGAAGACGGGAUCAGAGAGAGUGGCCCAACAAUGCCGUGAGAACGCCUUCACUAUUCAGACGCUACGUGACUUCCAGUACGUGGACCGUGACGGCAGGGAUCAGGGGGCCAACGUGAGAGAAAAGGCCCGCCAACUGGUGUGUCUUCUCCGGGACGAGGAGCGGCUCCGCCAGGAGAGGAGUCAAGCCCUAAAGACCAAGGAGCGAAUGGCCGGGGGAGGCAGUGGAGGGGGCGGGGGUGUGUAUGGAGGUAUACCUCCGUCUUACCAUCCAGGCAGGCGCACAAGCCAGCCCAGCAUGGCGGUGCUGUACGGGGAGGAGUUCAGCCGCUCCAGAGGCUCUCCAUCCUCCUUUAACUCCUCGUCCUCGUCACCUCGCGCCGCUUCAGACCUGGAGCAGGCUCGACCGCAGACCAGCGGCGAGGAGGAGCUGCAGCUCCAGCUGGCUUUAGCCAUGAGCAGGGAGGAGAGUCAGAAGGAGCAGUGCUGUCGCCAAGGAGACGAGUCUCUGUUACAGAAAGCGCUGGAUGAGAGCAGGAGAGAGAGUCAGUCGGGGACGCAGGAGUCGGCCAUGCUGGACCUAGUGGACAUUUUUGGCCUCUCAUCUGAGGCCCCACGUCAGCCGGGUGACCCUUGGAACUCUGCGCCUCCCGCCGAUGACAUCACCUCUGACCCCUGGGACUCUGUAGCGGUCCACUCCAGCACUCCUGUGAUUGGUAGCCCUUGGACAGCCCCUCCCUCAUCCUCCAAUGCGUCCAAUCCCUGGGCACCAUGUGCUGACUCACGCACAAGUCCCUGGGAAGCUGUGCCUGUCUCCUCCAGUCCUGUUAAUCAUGCAUGGGACAGCCCAACAGACAGAGCAGGUGGUGAUGGGACAGAUCCGUUUGCUGAUCAGGAAGAGGAGAAUCCUAAAAAGCAGAUUCCAGAAGUGUCCUCCCCUGAGCCUGCUAGUCCCACAGAUGCAGAGUUGUUUGGGGUAAAGGCAGAUUCUGACCCAUUUGAUGGAGCAGAUUCCAGGCCAGAUCCAUUUGGGAUGGACCCUCCGGUGAAACCGCAGGUAAAUGGUCGAGAGUCGUCCAGCCCGGAGAUGUUUGACCUGUCCCGGCUGGCACCCCCGCUCAGCGCCCCACUUACACGCAUGUGUCGAACUCCAGAGGCCUUCCUGGGACCUACGGGGGCCUCGUUGGUCAAUUUAGACACUCUGAUACCCUCCAACCCCCCUAGCAAGAUGCACAACAACCCCUUCCUCUCAGGUCUGAGUGCUCCGUCUCCCACCAACCCCUUCCACUGCGAUCAGCCUCGCCUCACCCUCAACCAAAUGCGACCAUCCUCGACAUCCCCACUGCCCCCCCACGUGCUCUCUUACAGCCCGUCGCUGCCUCUCCCUCUGUCCCACCAGCCACCCAUGCUCCCCUCCUCUCUCACACAACCUCCCGCCGGACUCCUGGACCUUCCCUCCAACCUCCCACAGCCCCUGCUCCCCCUUUCUCCUCGUCCGGCGCAGCGCUCCCAGUCACAGACACACAGCCACAACCCCUUCCUCUGAGACCGCCUGCAUCUUCCAAGCUCUGCAGAGUUAGAUGACAGAAUGGAUUAUUUUUGGAUUAAUCAAUGCCGACUACAACGAGACUAGUUUAAAUGAGCCUGAACUGGAUCCUGGUCCGAUGUCGUUGUGCACACCUGAAGCGGACAAAACUCGGACUGGAUGUAUUUGUGUCUGUCUGAAGCCACACCAGCUGCUAUUUACCCUGAACUCUUGAAGAAAAGCUAACUCACACAUAUACACACACAUGCACUCAGGCGCACUUAAGGGUGCGUGGACACAAACAUGCACACACCACCAAACUAACAGGGUGUCUCUCAACAGCCCCUUUGAUGCCUUUUCCCCAUCAACAGUCACAACUCCAAGCACUCUUUGACCACAGAGCCAGAACUGUUCCUUUAGAAGAUUGUAAUGAAGCCACAUACUUUGAUUGUCCACCAAGAUUCACAAGGAUCCUUACCGCUGCUGCUUCACCGACGAAAGCAUGAAUGCAUCCCGCCCCCGAGACUCCAAACUAUUCUAUUCUCCUGAGCACCUGAGACUAGUUCUUCAAAUAAAUCCUCUUUUUCUGAUGAGUCAAAUAGUAUCUUGAGCUUUGUUGGCACAAUUGAAUCAUCAAGACAGCAUUCAGCACUGUGCAAGAGCUAACUGACUCACAUAUUCCUCCCUACAUGUACACAAUGAUAUCUAUUUUGCAUUAACUUGUUACCGAGCAAGCUCAACAGUCUCUGGUCCUAAGAAAGUUACUUAUUUGUGGUAGUAGCCUCAAAAGGAUCCAGGUGGUUUCAAACUAGACUAAACCAGCUUAAGCUUUACCCUACGGUCUCAAUCUGGACCUAAACUGAUUGUAACCUAUCUGACCCGCGUGCCUGUCUCUACAGCUGACCCACAAUGCAUUUCCGGCUGGUUCAUAUUGGUGCCGUAAAGGAGGACCUCAGGGAGACUGCUCUGUCCCUCCUCCAGUGAAAUUCAACCUUAGUGAAGUGAGAGGCAUUAGUCUACGGAUAAAACGACAUUUCAGAUAUCAGCAUAAAAGUGAGUGCGGACGAGAAUAGAUUAAGGAGGAGUGAGGUAUAAAAGAAUGAUGAAUAUAAAUAAGAUUAAAUGAUUACAGACGAUGAACUGACGUAUUGAUAAGCAGUAGCUCCUCUCCUCUGCUCCGAGUUCACUUCUGUGUCAGGGACAAAAGAAUCUGCCUAGAAGAGAUGUUAGAUCAUCACUGCACUGAACCUGAAUGUGAAAUGCCUACCUAUAGAUACACACAGGCGUAGUACAUAUGUAUUUAACAGAAUGAUACCUAUAAAGUAUUAUAAAAUAUUAUGCCAAUAAAUGAACGGUGUUUCA